AUGGAUGGACACAGGACCAGCAGCGGUGCCUGCUCCCGGCAGGAGCCGCGCAGCACCGCCAAGGAUGCCAAGAAGAAACCGAAAAUCCCCGACAGGGUGACUCUGAAGAAGGAGAUCGGGCUGCUGAGCGCCUGCACCAUCAUCAUAGGGAACAUCAUCGGCUCUGGCAUCUUCAUCUCUCCCAAGGGCGUCCUGGAGCACUCGGGCUCGGUGGGCUUGGCGUUGGUGGUCUGGGUGCUGGGAGGCUGCAUCGCCGCCCUGGGCUCGCUCUGCUACGCGGAACUGGGAGUCACCAUCCCCAAAUCUGGAGGCGAUUACUCCUACGUCACCGAGAUAUUCGGAGGUCUGAUGGGGUUUCUGCUGCUGUGGAGCGCUGUGCUCAUCAUGUACCCGACCACGCUGGCCGUCAUCGCCCUCACCUUCUCCAGCUACGUCCUGCAACCCGUCUUCCCAAACUGCGUCCCUCCCUACAUGGCAACACGGAUGCUGUCCACCACCUGUCUCUUGUUCCUGACCUGGGUGAACUGCUCCAGCGUCCGCCUGGCCACCAGGAUCCAGGACAUCUUCACCGUGGGGAAGCUCAUGGCUCUGGGCCUCAUCAUCGUGGUCGGCCUGGUCCAGAUCUUCAAUGGGAACUACGAGACAUUAACUCCUCAGGUGGCCUUCGAGCAGGACCGGCCGCCAUCAGUCGGGCAGAUCGCCCUCGCCUUCCUGCAGGCCUCCUUCGCCUUCAGCGGCUGGAACUUCCUCAACUAUGUGACGGAGGAGGUGGUUGAACCCAGACGGAAUCUACCUCGUGCCAUCUACAUCUCCAUUCCAUUGGUGACGUUUGUGUACACCCUCACCAACAUCGCCUAUUUCUCCUCCAUGUCGCCCGAGGAGCUGCUGUCAUCCAAUGCUGUGGCUGUAACAUUCGGGGAGAAGCUGCUGGGAAUGUUCUCCGUCAUCAUGCCCAUCUCCGUCGCUCUGUCCACCUUCGGAGGAAUCAACGGGUACCUGUUCACUUCCUCCAGGUUGUGCUUCUCUGGAGCCAGAGAGGGUCAUCUGCCCAGCCUGCUGGCCAUGAUUCACUUCAAGAAGUGCACACCGAUCCCUGCCCUGCUGGUCUGCUGCACUGCCACCAUUGUUAUCCUUUGCAUCGGAGAAACUCACAACUUGAUCAACUACGUUUCCUUCAUCAACUACCUGUCGUACGGCGUCACCAUCGCAGGCCUGCUCUACUACCGAUGGAAGAAGCCCAACCUGUACAGACCCAUCAAGGUGAACCUCCUGGUCCCGGUGUGCUACCUGCUGUUCUGGGCGCUGCUGCUCGGCUUCAGCCUGUACUCGGAGCCCGUGGUUUGUGGCGUCGGCCUGGUCAUCAUGCUCACCGGCGUCCCCGUCUAUUUCCUGGGUGUCCACUGGAAAGAAAAACCAAAGUGCAUCUAUGACUUCAUCGAGACCGCCACGUUCGUGGGCCAGCGGCUGUGUUUCGUGGUUUUUCCUCAGAUCGACCCCAUCGAGACGGUGAGCCCCUCAGAGUGGACUGACAGGUCAUCAGGCAGGAGCAGUUUGUCUGCCAACUCUUAA